GAGGCUGCUAGUUGACACAGAGGAGAGGAUUCAACGGAAUCUGACUGGGCAUAUAUCUUGUACAUGCUGGGUCGUUACGGAGGUGGAUCAUUUUGGAUGGGUAACAUCGUGCCCUGAUCCUCCCUGUCCCGGCCCACCUAUACAGCCCCUGACCCCCCCACACCCCACCCCACGCUAGUCACCAUGACAUCUGCAUCCUGGCCCCAGCUGCUGGCUUUCAAACUGGCCCCUCCACCACAUGACCCCGGGAGCCCAGAGAGGAUCCUCAGCUGUGACGAGGAGAUAGAGCGUCGUUAUGAGAUCGUUCCCUCUGUGGCCUGCUCCAUGUGCUGCCUCUUCGGUAUCAUAUACUGCUUCUUUGGUUACCGUUGUUUCAAGGCGGUGAUGUUCCUAACAGGCUUGAUGUUUGGCUCCGUCAUCAUCUUUCUGCUGUGUUAUAAGGAGCGUGUUCUGGACACCCAGCUGAGUGUGGAGGCCUCGGUGGGCAUCGGCCUGGGCAUCGGUACCCUCUGUGGCCUGGUCACCAUGCUGGUGCGCUCUGUUGGACUAUACAUGGUGGGGCUACUGCUGGGACUACUGCUGGGCAUCGCCUCACUGGUGGUAAUGGAGGAGUUCCACCACCCGCGGACGGUGUGGGUGCCCCUGGGGGUGUUGCUGGGGUCAGGCAUGCUGUUCGCCGUCCUCACCCUCCAAUGGCAGCGCUUCUUCACCACCCUCUCCACCGCUGUGUUCGGCUCGGCUGUCAUCACCGUCACUGUGGACUACUUCAUUGAACUGUUUGCCCUCGUCAGAUACAUAUUUGAGAGGAUCAAGGUGGCUCCACCCCGUUCUGUCUGCUGGUUCACCUGGGUCAUCAUGGGGGUGUGGCCUGUACUGGCAUUGCUGGGGGUCCUCAUCCAAUGGAAGGUCACCGCCGAGGGAUACUCACACACUGAGGUGGUUCUCAGUCGACAGCAGCGGAGGGUCCAGUUGAUGAGGAUCCACCAGAAGGAAGAGAGGAUGCAGAAAGAAGUGAGGAAGAAGAAGAAGAGACAGAAGCAACAAAAGCAGAAGCAGCCGGAGCAGCUCCAGCAUCAGCAGUACCACCGCCCUUCUCCACCUACCUACCCUCCUCCUACCGCCGCCACCACCGCCACCGCCACCACCACCACCAACAAACCCCUCCUCCCUGAGCCUAUCACCUACCACAGGAAACCAAACCCCAUUCGACGUUUCGAUGGGGACGUGCUGUCCCCUAGUUACAUCGCUAGUUUCCGGGACAGACAGGUGGACAGACGGGAUUACCCUCACCACGGCAGGCCGAUCGCCAGGCACCACAUGGCUGACCGUGACUACGACUGUGGAUCCCAAGUACCCCUGACCGCCCCCAAUGGACCGGCUGUACGAGUUUGACAUUGACAAUAACCGUUAUAUCCCGUGACAGUGCUCCUACUGGUUUGGAGUGGUACUGUUUGUCCUUUUCCUUGUCCAGUGAAGGUCUCCAGUGUCCAGAUUGAAUGUUAAUCUCUAUAUUAAUGUAAUCUGAGGUGGAUAUUAGAAGGUUCAUGUCACCCGUCCCCAUCUCUUCUCUUUUACCCUGAAGCAAAUCAGUGUCCAGACUGAGAUUGACCUUUGAACCCUGGACUGAC